UACUGCAAUACGUCGCACAAGUAAUUAUUGUUAGCAAUUUAUUUUUAAAUAAAAUAUAGAUAUUAGUUUUAAAAAUCACUUUAUCUACACCCACGUUAAUUUUUCGGAUUCAUUGUCCUUUAUUUCCUCUAGUCAAGAUAAUUUUCCGUUUAUUAUGAUAGAAGUACUUAUAGUGAUCCUAACUUUUGUUGUAUUUUGGUGAUUAUAUUAUCGAUAUUUUUAAUGUUAUAAUGAUUAACAGUGUUUUAAAACUCUGCGCUUUGUCGCUUUUAAUCUCUAUAGAUGAAACUUUAUCUCUAUACAAUAAACCUUGGAAUGAAAAGUAUGAAAAUAACAAAUGUCCCAAGCUUUAUCCGAAAAAUUUCGAUAACCAUAUGCCAGUGGGCAAUCUAACAGCGGGCAACUAUACAGAGAAGACAGAUUUAAAAGGUUUGAGGCAGUGUGUUAUGGCAUGCUGCCUGGCCGAGGCGUGCAACAUUGUGUUCAUCGUAGAGUCUAGAUGCUUCCAUGUAGAGUGUGUGAGUGACGAACUGUGCCUCCCGCUGCCACGAGUAGGAGGCAGGAAGUGGGAUACCCAUGUCUCUAUGAUCCUUGUUAAACCUGUCCUAUCGAAUGAAAAUUGGUCAGACAUCUUAGAUCAGUCAAACUUUAGAGAAGUAAACAACUAUUCACCAGAAGAGGAACCAAUCUAUUCCUAUUCCAAUCAUCGUAAUGAUCUGCAAGAUGAUGUUGACACAAGUUUUUUGACACACUUCAUCAACAACUUGCCCAGCAUGGACGAGGAAGAGCAACAGAAUUUUGACAAAUAUACAGACAGUGCUGACAAUGAAAUGAUGUUAGCUUCUAGGUUUCUAGAAAAAAUAUCUUGUGAAAUAGGUGCUGAUGAAUGCCCAUACAAUGCUGAGUGCAUACCAUUAGGUCUGAAAACGCGGAAUGGUAUUUGCAAGUGUGUUUUGGGAACCAUGGAGAAUGCUCAGGGCGCCUGCGUUCCCCCCCAUAGACCAUAUUCCAAAGGCCCCACAGAUUCUAUUGAAUCAAUGAAGAAGAGUGAUUCAUUAAUAUCGGAAAUGAAAUCAGAUGACCUAAAGACAGAUAAGCCAGCACCUCAUCAGAAUUUAACUGUCUCUAUAUUAUCCAAAGAGGUGCAACUUCCAGAAAAUGAAGUUACUUUAGCUGCAUAUACUAUUCCUGACGAGAAAUCAACUAUGAGCCACUACAAUUAUGUAUGGACACUUGUUGACCAACCAAAAGGAGGCUUUACAGGUAACAUGAUCCAAAAUGACGGAACUGUGACCUUGAAAGAUCUUACGGAAGGUCAAUAUAGGUUCAAAGUGACAGUGAACAGUACCAACUCAUAUGGUGAAGGCUUUGCCAACGUCACAGUUCUGCCUCCGAAACGAGUCAAUACUCCGCCGCUAGUUGUCAUCACACCUCAGUCACAAACUGUCAAGUUACCAAACUCUGGAGCUGUUUUAGAUGGUAGUGCUAGCAAGGAUGAUGACGCAAUAAUCUCUUGGCAUUGGGAACUGACGGCGGGACCGAUUGGCUACCAACCGCCAUUACAAGAUGGCUCGACGCUUGUGUUGAAAGACCUGAAGCAGCCAGGCAACUAUACCUUCAAACUGACAGUUGAGGACUCUGACCAUGUGAAAAACUCUACCACUGCCAAUAUAACUGUGUUGAACCACACAGACUAUCCCCCUGAAGCCAAUGCAGGUCAGGAUGUUAUAAUAUAUUUGCCAAAUAAUAACUUAACACUUAAUGGAAGUUUGUCAACUGACGACCACGAGAUCACCUCAUGGGAAUGGACAAAAUCUACCGAGGAUGAGAACAAAGCUGUUGACAUGCAAAACACUCAUUCCCCAUACUUGCAGCUAUCCAACCUAUCGGAGGGCGUGUACACAUUCGUGCUGAAGGUGACAGACUCGUCGGGGCAGACGUCCACGGCCGACGUGCACGUGUUCGUCAAGCCGCCCACCAACAUGCCGCCCGUCGCCGACGCCGGCCCUGACGCGUUCAUAUCACUGCCACAAACGUGGAUCACUCUGAACGGGUCAGCGUCGCACGAUGACCACAGGAUAGUGGCGUACACGUGGCGCUGUCUCUCGGGGCCCACUAACUCUAACAUUGUCAACUUUAACGAGUCGACUGCGAAAGCGACUGCCCUCACCAAAGGGCAAUACGUGUUCUCGCUCACAGUGCUCGAUGAUAACGGGAACACGGCCACAGACAAUGUGACCAUCACUGUGACUCAGAACAAAAACAGUCCACCAAAGGCAGACGCGGGCGGUGAUCAAGUGCUGAACCUACCGUUGCCGGUUCUCAUACUGAAUGGAUCCAAGUCGUCGGAUGACUUCCGCAUAGUGUCGUGGAAAUGGACUCGUUCAGGCUCCGGCUUGGCAGCGGGAACUGUUAUUUUGCACUCUGACUCACAACCUGUGCUCAUGCUAACAAACAUAGAGGCCGGUCGAUACGUAUUCGAGCUAACAGUGACAGACGACCAAGGCGAAUCCGACAGAGACACGGUCAGCGUUCAAGUGAAACCCGACCCUUUGGAGAUGAAGCUCUUGGAGAUAACUCUAAACAUCCCAAUAUCUUCGUUCACAAAGAGUCAGCUUGAUUCGUUCGUCCAAAAAAUGACUUUGCUACUAAAAGACGGCAUCUCGGUGAAUGUCACUGAAAUCAAAGGUGAAGGUGAUUCUGGGAAUACGCUAAUCAUCUUCUUUUUGUCUGAGAAAGGUGAAGCUGUGGACGGUAUCAAGGCGCUAACUCUGUGCCGGGCGGCGGCCACCACGGUGGGAGCACGGCGCCUGCGCUCGCUGCGCUGCCUGAGCACGUGCUCGGGGCGCGGUACGUGCGAGCAGGCGACGCGCACGUGCCGAUGCGACGCGUUCUGGAUGCAGAGCCUCUUCACGCAGUUCCAGCCAGACGCGCAACCUGAUUGCGACUGGUCAGUGGUAUACGCGAGCGUGUGCGGCGUGGCGGCGUUGUGCGCGCUGUGCGGCGCGGGCUACGGCUGCGCGCGCGCGGUGCGGCGAGUGUGCGCGCCGCGUCGCCCGCGCUCGCGCCCCAACUACCGCCUGCUGCCGCUCGCCGACCACGAGGAGAAGCCAUUUACAAGCAAAGCGUUGUCAGAGUCAGACACAGACUCUGACGUGUUGUACGAGACCAAAAACAAGAUGACCUCGUUCGGCGGCCGCAUGAACGGCGAGUUGCAAGCCAACGGCUGGAAGAACGGACACACUAAGACUUCGAGGAAAAUCAAGACGUAGCUCCGACGCGCCGUGGACUAUCUCCACGCUAAAGUGUCGACCAUCGUCGUCUGACUCAGUGAUACAACCGGUGUCGUAAGGCCUAACCAUUUACCACUAGCGUAAAGGCGGAUUUACAUUUGUCUGACGUGUCGUGUUGUGACGCAUCAGAACAGAAUCGGUAUCGUACAUUUUGUUGACGUUUACACUUAUGUGUUGUGACCUUUGACUAUUUAGACUAUGGACCUGUUUCGCACCCAAAUUCACCAACAAAAAAGUCUGUCGUUUUUUGAGGGGGACGAAGUAAACUCACACAUCGAAAACAUUUUUAUUAAAUAUAUUCUGUGUCCAUAACACACAACUAUAUAUUUGACUCGCAAUACACACGCGUAAUUUUUACACAGCCUAACCAACACAUCGCUUAGACUAUCCACAGAAUAUACAAAGUGGUGAAACGAUUACGACCUUAAUUUGAACCACAUAUGGGGUAUCGUGUAAGUAGUCUGCACGCCAAUUUUUAUUAAUUUCUAUGCAGUGGUUUAGCCACAGGAUAAUUUUUUCACUUAAACAAUUUUUGAACACGCUGUAAAUGUAUUACAAAUACCUCACGAAAAUUCACUAGGUCAUUCACCUUGAUAAACCAAAAUAACAAUUUAAAAUGUGCGUUUUAAAAAAUAUUGGUAACUUACAAAAAACAAAAAUCCUAUUGAAAUUUAGACCUAAUGCACAUAAGAAUAAAAAUUCUUAUUAUCUUUACCAUACUUACCUACAAUAAUUAUUCGGCACCACAAAUUUUGUACCUAUUUUUAAUGUAAACAAACGAAAAUUGCGACGUUGUCAAUUGGGCACUAAUAGUCCAGGAUCCGGGGAACAUUUUUACAGUUGAUCACUACCAAGUUAAUUUUAUGUGAGUAGCUUUGUCUUGAUGAGGCAUAAAUAACAUUGAAUUUGUAGGACAAUAUGGCUGAAAAGUUGUAUAAAUUAAUAGUUAUACAACUUAUCAGCCAUAUUGUCUUACAAAUAGCGUGGUCAGUUAUUUCGUUCCUAUGCUCAGACAUUUUUGUUAUCUAGUAACUCUGUUAGUUACCAAAAUAAAUAAUUUUCGAAAAUUUACAAGUUGGGCGCCUCAUCAAGACGAAGCUACUCACGGAAAAUUAACUUGACAGUCAUCAACUGUUAAAAUAUUCACCGGAUCCUGGCCUAUAAGGGCUUUCAUUCAAUAUCAUUUAUUUUUAGCUAACUGUAGGUGUUUGGAAGAUUUACUAAGUGGGAAUAGGAUAGAAAUACAUUUAGUGUUUUUGCUAGAUUUGGUUCCCGGCGCGGGCGGCGUCUUUUGAAUAGUGACUCAGUGAGUGAUAGCCAGUUGCUACCCUUGCGCAUUGUUUUAUACAAAUCAAACAUUUCUUGUGAUUUGUGUAGUUUUUUUUAUUGUGAAGUGUGUUUUGGUAUUGAAACAUAAUGCCACGUUUCGGUAAUACUGCUACUGAGUAUUAUACCGAUAUCUCGUGACGUUGUAACAUGUGAAUUUUAAUCAAUGGUGGACAUUUCGAGCAUUUAAAAAUUCAAGCUAAGUACUGUAAAUACGUACGAGUACCUACCUAUACCUAUCAUGUUUAAAAUGUGUGAGUUUUGAUUAGUAACAUUUAACAACAAUAUCUACUCGUCUCGUGCGGCAUACAAAAUACAAAUUAAUUCAAUUUUGGCGCUCCCGCCCGCCGGCGCGGCGUGAUUAUUCUUAUGUAGAUAAGUACCUACAAGUGCAUGAAAGAACUUUACGCACUACAAACGGACCGCCAAAUAACCAAAAACUAGGAGACGCGAUGUUGCCGCUUUUACCUAUAGGUCACUUGAGGUUAGUUUUAUAUUAUUAUAAAGGAUGUUGUGAAUUUUUUAGAUUAUUUCCGAAUUUAUUUUGUUUGAAAAUUUAGUUUUUUUAUUUAUUAUACAAUAAUUAAUUUAAUCACCUAAUCGUAUUUUGAUUGACUGUUAGCGAUUGUGUAUUAAUUUAAGGUCGUAUUCCUGGCACCACUUUGUAUACAUAGAAUGUUCGUUUACUUGAUCGAUUGUUUGCUGUUCCGUCAAAAGAAUCGAUUCUUUAAAGAAAUUUUUAUUAUUACAAAUUUGAUAAAAUUAUGGUAGUAAUACUUACAAAUGUAACGUUACUCCAUCUUUUACUAAACUACAAGUUUUUGGCCGUUUUUUAUGCUAUUCAACUACACAAACCGGCAUUUUUAGGGAGCUCUUUACACGACGAAAACGAUUACAACAAUGAAACAUCGAUUCUAUAGCAACAGUUUUUAUAAACGCGUUAGCUCAUUGAUUUUUGAUCUUUGCCAGAGGGGUAACGGCCAGCGAGGCAGGUCCUGUUAUUAAUGGUCGAAGGUUGUGCAUACAAAAUGUAUGAACCGAUUUUGUUCUGAUGCGUCACAACACGACACGUCAGACAAAUGUAAAUCCGGCUUAAGUUUUCAUCUUGCGGUAUAGUCGUUCUAUAUCAGGAAGAUUUGGUAUUGGAUGUAGUAAUACAAUGUCAGGACAAACGCGUAUGUCAUAUGUGUGUGAGGCACAUAGCUUUUAUUUACAUUGAUUUGCUGCAUUUUAGAGUUUUAUUGCACAAAGUAGAAUGCAUUGUAUUCAAUAUAGUUCUGUAAAGGUGCAGUACAGUGAAGAUUGGGUGAGACACAAGCUCCGGAAUAGAUUGACUAUGCCUGUAUGAAAUUUUAAUAUUCGGUGUGUGAGAUAAAUAAUCCAGGAUCCUUUGGAACAUUUUUACAAUUGAUUACUAUCAUGUUAAUUUUCCGUGAGUAGCAUCUUAAUGAGACGCUAUACUUUUUUAUUUACGAAAAUUCUUUAUUCUGGUAGCUAACUGGGUUACCAGGUAAUGAAAAUUUCUGAGCGUCGGAACGAGAUAAUGUACCACGCAAUUUGUAGGACAUUGUAAAUAAAUAAGAAAUGUUUAUUUGAAAUACUCAUUGAACGAUUACAAUGACAAUCUGACCCUUAAACUACUUAAGCCCGUGUCUUAAGGGCCAGUGACUUCCCAAGAUAUAGGUACAAUGACAUAACUAAUAAUGUGCAAAUCGUGAGUAAUUGUGGCUGUUAAGUUGUAUAACUAUUAACUAAGUAACAGUAAAAUAAACAGCUGGUUAGUAACCCAGUUAGAUACCAGAAUCAAGAAUUUUCGUAAAUAAAAAAGUUGACCGUCUCAUCAAGAUGAAGCUACUCACGUCAAAAUUAACUUAAUAGUAAUCAAUUGUAAAAAUGUUCGACGGAGCUCGGCUAAAAUGCUUGCGUAGAUUUUUACAGAGGCUUAUUAUGCACUUACAUAUAUGUGGCAAUAGCUAGUUUAUAUAUGUAUUUCUACUUUAUAUGUAUAUACGCACAUUUUGUGGGGGCCUUUAUGUAUAUUAUUUUUUAUUUUUAAUAAGUGACAAAGGGCAUUGGCAAUUAAUAAAGCUACAAUGUAUAUGCAAUGUCCUACAAUGUAUAUGCAUAGACAAAAUGACCUUUAUACGAAUAAUGAAUCGAUGUAUAUUUAUUUACUAGUGAUGUAUGAGUACAAGUGAUGUUAUGAAUUAUGAUAUCGAUUAUCGAGCUCGACAGUCGACAGAAUCCUACAAAUGAACCCAGUAUUACUUUAACUCGUAAUAAUUUGUAUAUUUUAUAUUUUACGUUUUAUAUAACUUGGCACAAUCGCAUAAUAAAAAAACUCCCCUACAAUAAUCUGUUAAUGAAAUCACAGCAAAUAUGUAGAAAAAGUCAGGUUUAGUCUUAUAAAAGCUAAUAAUGUAAAAUUAUUUUAGACAAAUGCUUUUGCUGCUAUAAUUAUGUUAAGUAUUACAAAAUAAAAGUUUUAAUGUCAUUCACUGGUGUUGUAGAGUCUAACUUAAUAUUUAAAGUACCUGUUUUUUUUAAUGUUUUUUACAAAUAAACAAAAACAACAAGUAGAUGUAGGAAGGGCUAGCUUAAAAAAUAACUUAAAACUCAUGAUGUUAACUUAAGAUAAUAUUUUCUUAAGUUAACAUCAUGAGUUUUAAGUUAUUUUUUAAGUUGGGCAGCAGCUCUGCCGUGUAAACCCAAAACACUGUAUCUCAGAAAACCCAGUUUUGAGAAAUCGGCGUUUAAAAGUUUUUUUGCAUUUUGGUUGAUUUAAGCUACAUUAUUCUUAUAAAAUGUGUAGUAUUAGGUAUCAAUCGAAAGAUAUUUUUGAAACCUAUAUAGCCAUGUAAGUUUUAGGGCAAUCCUGUAAAUACAUUUGCAAUAAUCUUUAUAAACUUGUAUUGUCAUAGCAAAGGCGUAACAAAUUAAGCUUACAUGUCAAACCAAAACACUCUAUUUAUAGUUACAGUUUCUUGGCUUUAUAAGUAGUUCUUCAAUAUGUUUAACUGAAGUACUGUAUUUUUUGUGUUAUUGUUCAUAGGCAUAUAGUGGACGGGCUAACAUGGCAGCAAGGCUUUUAUCUGUUCUGAGUUUUUGAAUGUGUUUGUUAACUUCCAUGUUCAACCACAGGUUCAUCACAUAAUAUGUCUGGAGGGCUGCCUAUUGAAUCUAGAAGAUUGGUUCUAGAACAAGAGAUUGUGUUUGAUGUAUUAUUAUUUAAGUGUAUGUUCAUGAUAUCUUGUCUGGUUUUAGUUUCAGUUUCAAGUUUUAGAUCCAGGUUUUGUGUGUGGUCACUUCUUUUUUUUUGAGGCUUUUUUCGUGCUUCUGUAGUCUUUUAUGUUCUCUAUUGUUUUGUUAGUGCUUGUAGUCAUUAUUGAUUGAUUUCUUGAAGCUUUAAACAAUUGUCUCAAUUCUUCUGCCAUUUCUUUAGAUUUUUGUUUUGUUUUCAUAAGUUUAGUUCGUCUUGUAAGAAGAAUUCGCAUAGUUUCACUGAGUAUUUUGUCUAUAGUAUUUAGUUCUUUAUUAUUAUAUCUACGUGGGAGGCUGGUGGUGAUAGUGUCAGCUAGUUUGUUGUAAGUAAAUUGGAUAUUUUCUUCUAUAUGUUGCAUUUCCGGUUGGUAUAUUUGAAAACCUAGUACUCUAGGUUGGUAGGGUCAUGGCACCUCUACGUUUCUUACCUUCGAUCGGUGAUUAGACAAAAUAAAAUCGAUUUCGUUUCUUACUUUGCCGUAUGGCGAGAGUCAGAUCCAUUUUCGAUUUGCUCGAGCUUUAAAGAAAGAGUUCAUAAUUGACAUUCUAUGUUCCAAUGAGUAUAUCUCCUCCUUCGUUUCUAUAUCCGAAUAUUCCCAUUUUCUGUUUUAGACAGGUUUUCUAUUGUGGACUGGCCAACUUUUGCGUCAAAAUCACCGAUAACGACGAUGUUUUCUCCUGCCUGGCUUUGAGCAACCCGAAGCAUUUCGUAGAAUGUUGAUUUCUUCAUCUGCAGAGUUUUCAGUUUGUGCGUAUAUUUGUAGGUAUUAUUGUAAGCAGUUGGUUGCCGUAUUUCAAUUUUAGUAGCGCAACCCGAUUUGAAUGUGCUAAAAAGCUUGUAAUUUAACAUUUAAGUUCUUUUUUUAUUAAAAAACCAACUCCAUUCUGGCCGAUUGUUUCACCUUUGUAGCAUAAUAUGUAUUUUUGAUUAUGCAGCCCUACAUAAAUAUAUUGUAUGUUACUUCUAUAUUUUUUUCUCUUUUUGUUACAGAUUUUACGUCAAAUGUUCCAAUUUUGAUAGUCUGUUGGGGCUGUUUAAUUUUUCUGGUUGUUUUUUCAUCGUUUGCUUGAUUUUUCUGGGGUAUGGGCUUGGGGGAGGGUUUAGUGGUAUUAAAGGACUUAUAUCAUAGCGAGAUUCGAAAAUAAACUCUGAAUUCUUAUAGGAGUUGUCAAGCUCAAUGGUCUGUUUGACCGUAUCUCCUUAUCGUAUGGCCUGUUAGCUUCAGAACAUUCUUUGUUAUUAAUAUUCUCCUAUUCAAUCAAAACAUGGUUUAAUGUUGACGCCAUCGUGGAGUUAUUAUAAUGUUGUAUAUUGUUUUGUAAAAAUUUUUGCAAAAGUAAAUUACCCGACGUACUAAUAUCUUUCAUAACCUAACUGUAGCGUUCACUCACACGCAUUGCCAAACGGCCACUGAAUGUAGGAACCUCCCGCAGGCUAAAAUGCUCUACUUGAUGGCUCAAAAUCUAUUGGCUAGGGAAAACACUGUAAUUUUUGUUUCGCGAAAUAAAUAAAGCCAAAAUACUGUAACUCAAAUUACAGUUUUAUGCUUUUAUAAACUAUGACUUUUUUUGAAUUACAGUCUUGUUGGUAUACUCAUAUCUCCAUAAAUAUUAAAAAAAAAUCAAUUUUUUUUUUAUUGGGGUAUAAAGCUCAUCAAAAUUAGUCAAAUGAGCGCUAUAAACCCAAAACACUGUAACUCAAGUUACAGUGUUUUGGGUUUACACGGCAGAGCAGCGGUACAUUCUAGAAUAAAAUGAUACUGAAAUAUGUCGAAAUACAUAAAAAACUUUGUACUAUCCACAGAUUAUAGAAUAUUAGGCAGAUAGAGCACACGGAUCACGUCAGUGAUGCAGCCAUUCCAAAUACAAAUUCAAAAACUAAUACAUUCUCGAGUCAGUACGACACAAAGCGUCGUAUCAGUAAUUUAUAUAUUAUUAAAAAAAUGGCGUCUUGUGUUUUUGGCUAGUGUUUGAAUUUUGUAUUUGGAACGGCUACGACACCGUCGUUUUCCAUGCGCUCUAUCUGCCUAUUAUUUUUAAUCUGUGGUUUCAAUAAAAAAUGUUAAGGAUCGUCCACACAUGAUGUUAAGUAAGUCGCGCGCUGUGAGCGUUAGAGCCAAGUCAUUUAUUUUUACCUAUGUUCCAUUAUGCCUCCACUAAUUCAAACUUCGCGCCAUCGAUGAUAGACGUUGCACAGGAUUUCAGGCAAUAGCAACACAGCUUACAUAAACUGCUGUCAUGCACAUCGUAUUUGUGACCAAUUGGAGCUACUGUUAUUAUGUGGUUCGCAUCGAAAUGGCAGCUGUUGUAAAAAAACGGCAGUUCGUUAAUAUCGUUGAGAUCCAACGCGUCGCGCGAAGCAUAAAAGGAACACAAAUCAACAACGAAAAUUCCCUGUACCUACGUGGAGUCAACGCAAGCAGUAGCAGUCCAAGGUACGUCGUGCAUUGUUCUGUUAUUGACUAAAUCUUGUAACAUGUCGAUAUCGUCGUACACCCAGCGCGGAGUUUGAAUUCCCAGUGUAGCCGGGCCACAGAAGUGCAGGUUGCUACAACCUAGUUCCAGAAUACAUUACUUUCUUACGUAAUUACGUUACGGUUGAAGUUUAUAUACAAACGUUACUUACCGAUAUACCGAUUUAUUUUGUUGUAUCGCUCUUCCCAAAGCGGAUUCAAAAGCCCCGUAAGUGCGAGCAAGAUAGAUAUGGAAAAAUGUUUUAUAGGCCGACGACUCUAUUGAUAACGCGCCGCUUACUAAAGUGCCUAUAACGAGAAUGACUUGACUUUUUACAUAUUGCGUUUCCUUCUUAUCUGCGAUAAAAAGAGUAGUGGGAAAUAAUGUAUCUGACAGUUUGAGAGACAAAUCACAAAUGUAUUUUUGUGCAUCUAGGAGCACGUCAUGUGGGCGCGUCCUUAGUGAAGUCAUUUAAAGCGGUUUCAGACUAGCGUUCAUACGGGCGUAUGAGCUCGUUUUUGGAAGCGCAUGUAGUAUAUAGGCGCGCUUUUUGGCACACGCUCAACUCGUACGAGCGUUAACGCGCUUCUAUAUAUCACGUAUAAACACGAGUCGUGAGAGACACCUCCCAGAGAUACUGCCACGACAGUACCGGUUCUAGCGAACACUCCGAAAUAUGCCCGUUUACGCAAGCCCGGUUUUUUGGAGUGCGUAAUGUAACGCGCGUGUAAGCGCGUAUGCUGAAACGACCGUAUACGCGCACGAAAUACGCUAGUCUAAAAUCACCCUUAAUGUAGUAUGUAUGUAGUUUGCGUCUACUACUUAUUUGUUGCGUUACUUUAAUGUAGAUAUGUAGUUCGCUGCAAGCAUUUAUUUGACUAGUAAGUUGCGUAACGUACUUAAAAAUUAAACGCAGGCUCAUUGUACAAUUUCAAUGAUAGAUAUAUUGUAUUUGUAAGCAAAACUUAUUCUACAUUUAAAAUAAACGUUCAUUAGAUUUCCAGCGCAUUUUUUACGUGCCGCAACAUAUACUAUAUUUAAUAGUGCAUAAAAAUGUAAGUGUUAUAUUUAUAUAUAUAUGUUUAUGUAUUUAGAAGUAGUUUAGCAUAAUCUUACCUUCGAAAAGACAUAAUAUUCUAGUCGUAAUCAUAGUGAUAUACUGUAACAAAAUAUUUCCGAUUUUAUAUUUUAUAUAGUGUGGAUUUGAAACAUCAUCUAGAUGCUACAAUUAAGUUAGGUAUAUAUUGGAUUUAAGUUUAAUAAAAUAUGAAAAUUUUAAA